AUGUCCGCCGUCAUCAAAGGUAUAUACAACACCUUCCUCUUUGACUCGGAACACGGCCUCCAGCUCGAUGCCAUCUAUCCCACAUCCCACCCUCAAGACGCCCGCGUCCCUGUCUUUGUUCACUAUCACGGAGGAGGGAUGGCCGCGGGGUCCAGGCGGGACAUGUUCUUUGCUCAGGAAUGGAUGCGAGACAUACUGCCUUCCAAGGGGUUCCUUGUGAUCUUUGCCGACUAUCGACUACUGUAUCCAAGCACAGCAGACGACAUCAUCACGGAUGUGCAUACGCUAUUCUCGUAUAUAUCAGACCCGAACACCGAGCUUGCCCAGUCACUCGCUUCCCUCGGCAUCACCAUCGACGCUUCCCAUAUCGUCGUCAAUGGCGCUUCUGGCGGCAACUAUGCUGCCAAAGCAGCGGCCACCUUACCCACCGUUAUUCCUCGCCCUAUCGCCUGGGUGGAUCUCUGGGGCCAAGGCGGUAACUGGUUCUCCGACUCUCUAGUCAAACCGUACGACAUCACAAAGUACACUGUCGGCCUACUGUAUGAUGAAGCGCGGGCUAUUCAGCUGGAAGAGGCUGGUGGCGGGGAGGUGGUGACGGAUGACCCAUUUGUGCCUCUGGAAGGAGGCAAGAGAAGUGAUAAGCUGGGAAGAUUUAGUAUGGUGGCGUACUGGCUAAGGCAGGGUACCUUUCUCGACCACCUCUUCUCUGCGCCCGGUCUCGGCGCAAAGCUAGCGGCUGUCGAACCUCAACACCGCCCCUCUCUUAUACCCCCGGAAAGGGUCCACCUCCUUCUGCCCAUCACACCAAUUACCUGUCCCGCCUAUCUCAUACACGGCACAACAGACAAAAUGUGCCCAAUCAGCGAAAGCAAAGCGAUUGAGAGGGAUAUGAAGCAGCUCGGGUUGGAAGUGGUGGUGGAUUGGGUGGAGAAUGGAGAGCAUGGGCUGUGGGACACGGAUACGAGAAAGCCGGUGGCUACGUUGGGAGAGACUAUUGAGAAUGUUGUCGCUUGGGUUGAAGAGAAGGCGCGCGCGUAA